UUACUCAGGGACACAGAAUUGUUACUGAGGGACACAGAAUUGUUACUCAGGGACACAGAAUUGUUACUCAGGGACACAGAAUUGUUACUCAGGGACACAGAAUUGUUACUCAGGGACACAGAAUUGUUACUCAGGGACACAGAAUUGUUACUGAGGGACACAGAAUUGUUACUCAGGGACAGACACAGAAUUGUUACUGAGGGACACAGAAUUAGUAUGUCAGACAACACGCAGAGGAGUGGCAGAGGAGGCAAUGUUUCAGGAGCGAGCAGACGUGGCAGCAGAGGGGGGGUCGAGGCAGGCACUAGUCGCAGCCAGAGGCCAGUGCUCCCGGUGUCAUCCAGCGGUCGUGUCUCCACCGACAACCCUGCUGUCAUCGAUUGGUUGGCUCGGUCGUCUUCCUCUUCCCAGGUCACCUCUGACACCUACAGCCAACGGUCGGUGGGUACGUCAGACACAACCGUUAGUUGGCAUGGCCCGGGAGCAAGCCCACUGAAAAUCACGUGUCCUCUACCUGCCCCUGUCCUUUGGUGUUCCCUCACCAAGCGAAGUAUCGCAUGCUGUGGGCUCAGCCCCACUGUACAGUGAGGAAGAGCUAACAGAGGGCGGUCAGGAACGGGGGGAGACAUCCGCCUCUUCAGCAGCCAGGCGAAGAAGUACUGGCGAGGAGAGUGGCUCGGUAGCCGGUCUAGAGACAGGUCUGUCUCCUGACCCA